CAAAAGCCACGCCUUUAAUCUUUGCACGCUAUAGCAGCAAUUGAAGAAUAAUUUCGUGGACAUAAUUUUCGUGUAGGAUUGCUAACCCACAAAAUCAGCAAAAAUUUGCGCUUUAUACGAUAUACCUAAGCUGUGACUACCUUCCCCAUUAUAGAGAGCUUCUGUAUUGCAUGUUCUGAGUACCUAACAUAAUUAAGGUUAGGGUUAGGGUUAGGGUUAUAGGCUUUACCUCGCGCAUGCACAGCAGAGGUAAAGUGAUUGCAUAGUGUAUGUGUGUCAGUUAAUGGACACAAAAUGAGAGCUGUUUGAGCUAACUAGGCAACACUUUCAUGGACUGCUUUAAAGGCAUGCAUUUACAUGCACUUAAUAACAUUAGAUGCAUGGGGCAACUUCCUGUGAAGUCAGUACAAAUACAAGGCCAGUUAUAAGGGAUCAGAGGAGGUCUGACAUGCGUGCACGAAUCACUAUAAGUUCAGUGCAUUGAUGUCAUUGCGGUCACGUGAUAAUGUCCAGGCCAAAUGCACUGAGCUUGUAGUGAUUCGUGCACACAUGUCGGACCUCCUCUGACAAGGGAUUAUAUAUGAAUAUGCAUAAUACAAUUAUUGUACCAUAAUUAUUAUAGCUAUAAGUACUGCUAUAGCUCUAUCACAAGCAUAUUCAGUUAUAACCCUGCGGCCCUCUGGCAUUAUGUCAUCCAGUGCAAUAUAGGGCAUGUUGCACUCGUGCUGGGCAAUAACUAAUACAUAGUCAUCGGUAUAAGGAGAUGUUCAAACAUGCAGUGGUAUGAAUGUUGGCACGGUGAGGGGCGGCUCCACAGUUUACAAACCCCCUCCUCUUUCCCCUCGAGGAAAUGGGGGGAUAUUACUACAUCAUUGGAAUGUUAACUGCUAAUGAGACAGCUUUAUAGAUUCAUGAUCAUUAUUUUAAUAAUUACAGGAUUGUAUUCGUUUUGCCGCUGUGCGAUGAAGCUCAACGCACCACAUGCAUUUGGUUCGUAUUUCAAUAGCAGAGCAUAAAUAUUGAUAAUGUUUAUGUUGAUGGUGUGAGUUUAACCCAUAGACAGUCCCCUCGUCAGCACAUCUGGACAUGAAUUUUGUUUGUGUGCAAACAAUAAACUUCUAUCAAAUUUUGUCAGUUUUAUACAUAUAUAUCCCUGCACAAACAUGGCCUCAACUACAAAUGUAUACUAUAAAGUACAUUGAGCUGCAUGUACUUCCUUUUGUCAGUCAAUACCACUCAGUCUGUUAUUACCCGAGGUGCGUAGUAGUCGCAGUAUAGUAGUCGUCUUAGUUAUUUGAGUUUGAUAAAAGAUAAUAUGACAGGGAGUGUGAUAAAUAUAGUGUGUAUCGAAAUGCACACGAGGUCAUCGACCAAAUCCAAGUCAAAAAACAACAAAUGAGGAAAAAGGAGAGCCUAAGAUUGCUUUUUGCAUUUCUAUACAAUAGCGGUGAUUUAUACAUCAGUUUUAGUGCUUGUAGUUUUAGUGGUGUUAUCUGCGGUAGCAAUCAUUCUUGUUUCUAAAUACAAAGAUGAUUCCACUGCAAGUUCAGUAAUGCUACAGAGAAACACUACUCAAGAGUUCCAAGCUCUUCAGAUACAGAUGAACGAUGUGCAGCGUUUCAAGACUAUAUCAAUUUCCAGUGCAUGAAGACUCAUGACUCAACUUCAUCAAACUUUCCAGAAUAAAGUUUUUUUAUUACACACAAGAAACUCAGAAACUUUUUGAUGAUCUCCACACACAGCUGAAUAAUUCAAAUUCCAGAUUCAAGCUCUUCAUUCUCAAACAGACCAGGAAGUUCAAACUCUUUAACUCGAACCAUGCAAGAUCUCCAGUCCCAGUACAUGAUUUAUUGUCCACCACCACUCAGGCUAUUCUUACACGAAUAAACUCUUCAACAAAUGUGGAAAUUUAUGAGCUUCAAUCAGAAUCGAAGCAUUUAACUUAACCAUGCGGAUUGCCCUGGCUCUAAGGGUUGGUAGAUUAUGCUGGUAUACUUUUAAGCAUAAUAAUAUUAUAGGCACAUUGUUUAGGUGAGAAUUAUGCUGGCAUAAUUAUAUUAUGGGCGCUUUUAUAAAAAUUACGAGAAGAAUAAUUACCCUCCGGAAGAGAUACCUCGGGUCCCUGUGAUUCUAGGCAUACCAAUAAUUUCUCGCUUGUUCCUGUUACACAUUGGCUUACAAACACUCCUUUUUUCCGACGCCAUGCGCAUGCAAGCGAGGUUAUUAUACGAUACGAUACGAUGUGUUUGUGUGUAGAGGUCUUCUAAAAAUGCUUCAUUCUCAAGACUAUAGGCAUGCAGGUUUUGGCCCGAACUACAGGUCAGUUGAGUUAGUAGUAUAAACAUCUGUAGGCCUGAUGAUGGGUGACUGAGGAAGAUGUUCUUAAUUGAAAUUUAUAUGCAUUAGCUUUCUAUUUACCAUUCACUUUUGCUCUAUUUACCAUUCAUUUUUAUUCAUUGUAAAUGUAUGGUGUAUGUAGAUCUAUAAUGAUGAUGUCUCUCCCAGCUAGAGUCUGAAUGAUAUGUGUCAGUGUGCAUCGUAUACAGUAUUGAUUUACAAUGUUUGAGGUACUGAAACAGUAUCUAUUAACAAUAAAGUAUUAUGUGCAUGUAAAUCUACACAUUUCAGGAAAAUUGUAUGGGCAAACACUAGCUAUGAAUCACCGAUCUCUCGUAGGGUAGCCAGACUGUUCAUUUAUCGGCUACAAUAAUAAUCAUUAUAAGGAUCAGUAAUAAUUUUGAGAGAAAAAAUACGACAUGGAAUGUGAGAACAGUGUGUAUCGAAAUGCGAAUGAGGUCAUCGACCGAAUCCAAGUUAAGAAGAAGAAUCCAAGAGCCAGUAAUGAGAACAAAGAAGAGCCUAAGAUUGCUUUUUUCGUUUCUACACUAGCGGUAAUUUAUACAUCAGUUUUGGUGUUUGUAGUUUCAGUGGUGUUAUCUGUUGUAGCCAUCAUUCUUGUUUCCAAAUACAAAGAUGAUUCCAUUGCAAGUUCAGUAAUGCUACAGAGAAACACUACUCAAGAGUUCCAAGCUCUUCAGAUACAGUUUGAAGAUCUCCAGACACAGCUGAAUAAUUCAAAUUCCCAAAUUCAAGCUCUUCAAUCCCAGCUAUUAAAAUACAAAGAUGAUUCCAUUGCAAGUUCAGUAAUGCUACAGAGAAACACUACUCAAGAGUUCCAAGCUCUUCAGAUACAGUUUGAAGAUCUCCAGACACAGCUGAAUAAUUCAAAUUCCCAAAUUCAAGCUCUUCAAUCCCAGAUAUUUCGAACUGAUAAACAGGUUGGGAUUCUUCAAUCUGUAUUAACAGACUCUAACGAAGACAUCCAGUCCCAGUUAAAUGAGUCCAUUGUUUCCUAUCAGUUACAGCUAAACAAUUCCAAUCUUGAAAUACAUGAUUUACUGUCCGAUACCACUCAGGCUAUUCUUACGCAAAUAAACUCUUCAAACGUGGAAAUACAAGAGCUUCAAUCAGAGAUCGAAAUAUUAACACGACCGUGCCCUGGCUCAGAUGCUAGUCAGCCUGCUUCUUCUUGUCAGCAGGUUUUGAACUGCAAACCUGAUGCUCCUAGUGAUCACUAUUUCAUAAUUUCAGAAAAUAGUGCUGUAGAAUCUCGCUACUGCAACAUGAACAGAGUCUGUGGAGGAGUUGACGGGGGAUGGAUGAGAGUGGUACAGCUGGAUACGAGGGAGUCAGGUAGUUUGUGUCCAGUUGGACUCGUUGGAGUGCUGGAAUCUAAUAAGAAUCUCUGUAGAUCGAGCAGUUCAAUUGGAUGCUCUCAGGUGUUCUUCGAGACAAAUAAUGUGUCGUAUGACCAGGUGUGUGGAAAGAUAAUUGCAUACCAGUUUGGCAGCACAGAUUCAUUCGGUUUGAACGGGUCUCCAAUUGAUUCAAUCGAUGAAAUGUAUCUGGACGGUAUUAGCCUGACAUAUGGUUCAAACCCUCGAAAGCAUAUCUGGUCAUUUGCAGCUGCUCUCGAUGAAGUAUCUACCAUGAAUAGUAAUAGUUGCCCCUGUAUACAUAUCAAAAAUGCAGCUGAUGCUACACCUCCUCCCGAUUUUGUUGGAAGUGACUAUUUCUGUGAUACAGGUAGUACAGAUAGAUUCACCAACGGCAUCGUCUAUGGCGAUGAUCCACUAUGGGAUGGUGCUGGUUGUGGACCUGCCAACACUUGCUGCUCUCUCAACAAUCCUCCGUGGUUCUUCAAGCAAAUACAGUCUCCUACGACUAGCAACAUCGAGAUGAGGGUGUGCCAUAAUGAGGGUCGAGUCAACGAAGACAUACUUAUUGAACAGAUUGAAAUAUUUAUACGUUAAUUGGAGAACUGGAGGUAGAAUUGUCUCAAUGAUAGAUCGUAUCUACAACUUUUCUAUGCUAAAAUUCCUGAUAAAUUAUUUUUUUUACCCAUUAUUCUAUUCUUGAAUUCUUGAAAAAUGUGCCUAUUAUUUGCAUUCGCUUUAAAAAAAGGUUUAUAGACAAAAUUAAGAUGCAGACAUGAACACAGCACACAACUGACACAAUUCAAGAUUCUCAGUGUUAUUUUGCUAACUUGAACUGAUCCAUAAUUUUCACCUUCAGCCAUUUUUUACCAGAGAAAGUUGUUAUUGAAAACUUAAUGUAAUGAUCUUUACUAAAAAUGGACUGAUUGUCAUUAGCAAAACUUAAUGUAAUGAUCUUUAACAAAAAUGAACCAAUUUUUUGAUAUAAAUUGCGUAUUUUCAACUAUAAUAAGGUGUUAAUGAUUUGGAAAAGUAUUGUAGUACAUGCUAGCUAAACAAUCCAGCGUCUGGUCACUAUUGCAACAAUUCCAUGGCACUGCAUGAGGAAUGUAGUCACGUGCAAGAUAUUUGUAUUAACCAAAUUUACAUUUUCAUUCACAGCUAGCUAGCUAGGUUGGAUCUGAGCUCCUUAUAACAGAGUUCCUUCGCAGCCAGGUAUGGUUCAACACUAAAAUUACCCUUGCUAUAUUUUUGUAGAGUCAAUAAUCCUUCUUUUCACGUUCAUUUUAUGCUAUAAUAGGAAAAUAUACGGGGUGUUACCACCCACUGUCUACAUAGACAAAUCUGAUUGGCACUGCCAACAUUCUGGCAGGGUCCACGGAAUUGCUGCAAUAUAGUGACCAGACGUUCCCUCCCUCCCACGUUUGCUCGCGAGACUAUAAUAUCCACGGUACAGGUAACUUGUACUAUGAACACGUGUUGAUUAGAAGCAAUUAGAAGCUGUUAUCCAACCCAUUUACAACUGAGUAGUAGUAAAUACUCUUUGAUCCCUGACUGCAUGCACUGUGCACAUUUUGUGUGCGUGUGCUUGCACUUGACAAAUCACAUUUACAACUUCAAACAACCCAGUUCCAAUGUAGUUCGGUAGUUUUAGUGAAUCUGAUUGGAUACUGAAGAAUUCAUCUUCACAAUGUGAUCCAAGUGUGUCACAGUAGUGUUCUAUAAAAGAGAAGGGUGGAGGAUGGGCUUUAGGCUGACCACAGCCAAUGUACCCUAGGGUACAUGGGAUUUGUACCCUAGAGUAUCCUGAGAGUUUCAAUGGAUAUUCCUUAGUGUCAGAGAACAUCAUUAUGUAUGAUGAAUGAUACUGUUAGUACUAGCAACUGCAUGUACGUAAAUAGUCUGUGAACAAGUUUCAAAAGUUUUAGCUUCACUGUACCUAUUACCUGCAUGCAUGGCUACGAACAUGUAUAAGUACCUAAACUAUAGAUAGAUAUGAAACAGACAUGCAUCCAUGCCCAGGCCAUGCAUAGCACCAGGAACGUACAUGUGUCCUCGUUGUUGUAUACAUUCACAUCAGAAUCCAUUCGCUCGAACUCUGCAACAAUGUUUACCAUUCACUAAUUGAAAGCAUCCAUGCAGGAGGGAGGGAGCAGCUCAUUCAGCCAAAAACCUAGGUUUUCUAUAGCAGUGCCAAAGUUUUACAUGUAAAGGCUAAAUAACUUACCGUUUUUGCAUAUAGAACACAACGCUCCCUGCCGACAAGAAUGUCUGAAUAAUCCUUAGAACUAUAUACCUAAUACUAUAACACUCUGUAUAAGAAAUUAAGAGCUGAAAGAAACCUGUAAGCAACCCAUUUAGAGCUAAAAUGCUAAGCAGAUUCAGCAGUCCUAGUUCUAUAACUAGGACUAUAACUAGGACCGCUGAAUCAGUUGGCUUGGCAAAUUAUGUUCGCAUAAUUUUUGGAAUAGGGAAACUUCUAGCAACUGGCAUAAUUG